AUGGCGGCGGACUUCGAGGGGGACGUGUAUGUGUUGGUGGAGCAUCCCUUCGAGUACACCACCAAGGACGGGCGCCGCGUGGCCAUCCAGCCCAACGAGCGCUACCAGCUGCUACGCCGCAGUACAGAACACUGGUGGCACGUGCGGCGCCAGCCCGGCGACCGCCCCUUUUACCUGCCCGCGCAGUACGUGCGUGAGCUGCCUCCGCUUGGCAGCUCCUCAGCCGUCCCGCCCCCGCCAGCACCCCUACGGGGCCCCACAGCCCCAGAGCCGCUCUCCUACGACUACCAGUUCGUGAGCGCGCCCGGCCGCCCCGAUGGUGCCCCCGCCGAACCCCCGAGCCGAGCAGGCUCCCUGUGCGGCCCAGCGCGGCGCGGUGCCCUGGCCCAGCGUAGCAGCCUGGCACCGGGUAUGCCGGCCUGCCUGUAUGUGCGGCCGGUGGCGCCCGUGCGGCCCGCGCAGUCCCUAGACGACCUGGCACGGGCCACUGCGCCCCCUGCCGGCCUCCUCGGGAGUGCUGGCCGCUUUAAGGCCUGCAGUGUGGCAGGCUCCUGGGUAUGCCCGCGGCCCCUGGCACGCAGUGGCUCAGAAAACGUCUACGAGGCCAUCCAGGACGUGCGCAGCCCGCGACAGGAGGAGCGCCCAGCCCAGGUAGACGAGCCCUCGGAGCCCGUGUACGCGAACAUAGAGCGGCAGCCCCAGGCCACCUCCCCGGCCACGUCCGCGGCCCUGCGCCGCAGCUCCGUGUGGGAGACGCUCACGGACGCGGGCACCGGGCGCCCCUACUACUACAACCCAGACACAGGCGUGACGACCUGGGAGUCGCCCUUCGAGGCUGCCGAGGGCGCCGCUAGCCCGGCCACCUCCCCGGCGUCGGUGGGCAGCCGCGAGAGCCUCGAGACUGAGUGGGGCCAGUACUGGGAUGAGGAGAGCCGCAGGGUGUUUUUCUACAACCCGCUGACGGGGGAGACGGCCUGGGAGGACGAGCCUGAGGACGAGCUGGAGAACGAGCUGGAGAUGCAGCCGGGCCUGAGCCCCGGCAGCCCCCGGGACCAGAGGCCUCCCACUCCCGAGACUGACUACCCAGAGUCGCUGACCAGUUACCCGGAGGAAGACUAUUCCCCGGUGGGCUCCUUCAGUGAGCCUGGCCCCGCCUCUCCCUUGGCCACGCCCCCCGGCUGGUCGUGUCAUAUGGGCACUGACGGGCAGACCCUGUACACCAACCAUUUCACCCAAGAGCAGUGGGUGAGGUUGGAGGACCAGCAUGGGAAGCCAUACUUCUACAACCCAGAUGACGCCUCUGUUCGGUGGGAGCUGCCCCAGGUCCCUGUCCCUGCUCCUCGAAGCAUCCACAGAUCUAGCAACAGUGACACCCCAACCCAGGCCAGUCCCCCUGAGGAGAAGGUGAGGGGGCAUCUGGGUGAGGUUGAAAACUGGAUAGAUCUCUCUCCCUCCUCUUUCCCCUCUAAGAUCAAGACCCUGGACAAGGCAGGCGUACUUCAUCGUACCAAGACAGUGGACAAGGGAAAACGACUCCGGAAGAAACACUGGAGUGCCUCCUGGACAGUGCUGGAGGGCGGUGUCCUGACAUUCUUCAAGGAGUCAAAGACCUCAGCUACAAGCAGCCUGAAGCAGCCUUCCAAGCUCUCCACCCCUGAGUACACAGUGGAGUUGAAGGGGGCCUCUCUUGCUUGGGCUCCCAAAGACAAAUCCAGCAAGAAGAACGUGCUGGAGCUGCGGAGCCGUGAUGGCUCGGAGUACCUGAUCCAGCACGACUCGGAGUCGAUCAUCAGCACCUGGCAGAAGGCCAUUGCCCAGGGCAUCCAGGAGCUGUCCGUAGACUUUCCCGCAGAGGAGGAAAGUGAGAACAGCAGCGUGGACUUCGGGUCCAGUGAACGCCUGGGAAGCUGGCAGGACAAAGACGAAGACGCACGGCCUGGCCCAGCCACGCCCACCCUGGGUCCUGGGAGCCAGGAGAGCGACUUGAGCAAGGUCCGGCAAAAGCUCCGCAAGUUCCUGCUGAGGCGGCCCACGCUGCAGUCGCUGCGGGACAGGGGCUAUAUCAAAGACCAGGUGUUCGGCUGCGCGCUGGCCGCUCUGUGUGAGCGCGAGAGGAGCCCGGUGCCGCGCUUCGUGCAGCAGUGCAUCCGCACCGUCGAGGCCCGGGGGCUGGACAUUGACGGUUUAUACCGCAUCAGUGGAAACCUGGCCACCAUCCAGAAGCUGCGCUACAAGGUGGACCACGAUGAACAUCUGGACCUGGACAACGGGCGCUGGGAGGACGUCCACGUGAUCACCGGCGCCCUGAAGCUCUUCUUCCGUGAGCUGCCGGAGCCCCUCUUCCCCUUCUCGCACUUCCACCGGUUCAUGGCGGCCAUCAAGUUGAAGGACCAGGCCCAGCGCAGCGGCUGUGUGCGCGACCUGGUGCGCUCGCUGCCCGCCCCCAACCACGACACGCUGCGGCUGCUGUUCCAGCACCUGCGCCGGGUGGUCGAACACGGAGAGCAGAAUCGCAUGUCGGUCCAGAGCGUGGCCAUCGUGUUCGGGCCCACGCUGCUACGGCCUGAGACCGAGGAGAGCAGCAUGCCCAUGACCAUGGUGUUCCAGAACCAGGUGGUGGAGCUCAUCCUGCAGCAAUGCUCGGAAAUCUUCCGGCCACACUGA